AGGGUGAAGCAUGAGGAGGGCAGUGAGAGAGAGAAGAGAGAGAAGAGAGAGAGAGAGAGAGAGAGAGAGAGAGAGAGAGAGAGAGAGAGAGAGAGAGAGAGAGAGAGAGAGAGAGAGGGGGGGGGGGGGGGGGGGGGGGGGGGGGGGGGGGGGGGGGGGGGGGGGGGGGGGGGGGGGGGGGGGGGGGGGGGGGAGGAGAGGAGGAGAGGAGAGAGAGAGAGAGAGAGAGAGGAGAGGGAGAGAGAGAGAAGGGGGGGGAGAGGGGGGGAGGGAGGGGGGGAGGGAGGGGGGGAGGGAGGGGAGGGAGGGAGGAGGGAGAGAGGGAGGGAGGGAGGGAGGGAGGGAGGGAGGAGGGAGGGAGGGAGGGGAGGGAGGGAGGGAGGGAGGGAGGGAGGGGAGGGAGGGAGGGAGGGAGAGAGGGAGAAAUGUCAAGAGAGGAGAGGAAGAUCAAAAGGGGGAGCGGAGAGAGCAGCAGGAGGGAACCAGCAGGAGAAGUACCACUCAGAGGAAGGAGCAAGCAGAGGAAGGAGCAAGCAGGAUGACCUGCCACGGAGGAAGAUAAAGCUCCGAACUCCAAGAUCUCACAUGC